AUGAAUUCUAAUCGAAGGAUUGUCUUCUUCGUCGAAUGGGAUACAGACUUCGUCAGUUUUAUCAAGGGAAUCACUUUGUCGCCAUCGCUACGCGGCGUCAUUGUUUUACACAUCUUCUAUAGGCAAGAAAUUUCGACGAAAUUUCUUCCAAAGUACAAGCCCUGGCUUUUUAAACAUCCUGCAGCUUCAGAACAGGAAAAUUCCGCUUGGGAUUUGUUGGAGUCUUACGUAAAGAGAUUUAACUUGGAAGCAAACUAUUCGUUGUCGACACCUCAUGAAAAAAGGAGGCCGGGAACCGCAAAAACCUCAGCAAGUCUGGGUAGUCGGGGUGGUUCUGAUGCAUUUGUUGGUAAAUCUGUUCCCACUCAAGCGUACUACGUGAUCUCAAAAUCGACAGAAAGAUGUAAAAAGCUGGCUGAAACUGUUGAUCAAAUGCAACAAGUCAAGCUGGAAUGCGUGGAAUUUACCACAACAACAACAUUACUAGAUUUUCUACAAUUUAAAUGUCCCUACUGUAGGAUUGCUUUUACUGAAAAGAGGGAGCUGGAUAUUCACGACAGAGAGAGCCAUGGAUUUGUUUGCCCGAACCAGGAAUGCAAAUUUAACGCAAAGGAAAACUCUUUUCGCGGAGAAACCGAGUUAAAGGAACACAUAAAAAAUCAACUUCGAUGCGCAUUUUGCCCCACAAAGGUGUUCUGCUCCUCGGAUGUGCUAGAACUUCAUAAGCGAAGCUCGCACAAAAAGUGUCCCUGUCCUUGUGGGAAAUAUUAUGGCGAGCGAUUGUCAUAUCUGGAUCAUUUUUUCGCUGUUUAUCCUUCGCCCUCUUCAAUUACUUCGUCACCUUCCGCUGGUGAAAGACAGACGAAGGGAGAGUUGGGAAAUAAUCGUGGUCACCUACACGUUGAUAGUAGCCGUAAGAGCGCAGCUGAUAAACUAAAAAACAAUUUGUCUGAAUAUUCGGCUGAACCAUCACGUGUAAACGUUCAGUCGCCUAACAAGUCUGCAGAUAGUUGUAGUCUAGGCGGAAGUAAAGAAAACGUUGCCCAUGAGGGAUGACGAUACAACUAAGUGAAGGCAAAUUUAUGCAGUCAAUUACGUGGUACCAAAGAAUAUUACCUGCUCUUGCCCAUUCAAAAUUACCCUAAUUAUCAAACAUGUUUGUGUCUGCUGAGCGCGAGAACUACUGUGCUCAUUCUGCCGCCGUAUGAUGCAAUACAAACACAUUUCCUUCCUGUAUCGAAAGCAGAAUUCGAAGAAAGCAGAAGAAAUUCAAAUGAUAUUAAGAACUGACCACAAAGCUGGAUUGGAAACCCAAAUAUCGACAUUGGACUUGGAAUAGGGAACAAUCAGCAUUGGCCAAGCUUUGAACAACCGAAAAAAGUACCCUUAACUGGAGUCACGAGAAAAACCUUGAUAAACAGGCCUAAACCACUUCAGGAUAUAUAACUACACAUAAGAGGUCAAUUGUGGGUUAUGAAACCUCCUAAUUUUCAUUUUAUGAUUGGCAGUUCUCUCUUCUGUCUGUCAUGCAUUUUUUUGGAAAUUAUUAAGGAGAAUUUCAUGCUGUAUCAAGUAAUGAAGAACAAAUCUCGUGUGAUCAAGAGAACACCCUCUAGGUGGUUGUAAGUAAUUCACUAACUUUCGAUGGUCAGUAAGUUUGCGCGGACAUUUUGAAAGGUUACUGAUGAACCUCUGGACCGAGACGAAACGUCACGUUAUACCAGCAGUUAAGUAUUUUUACGAGUAUUCGACGCGUUUGACCCUGUUUAUUGUACAGAAGAUCAUCAAAACUCGGCAGGAUAAAACUUACAACCUUCAGUUCGAUGCAAAGGAAAAAAACCCCCGGGAAGUAUUAUUCGUGAGUAGGCUUAACUGACACUAGUUUUUUUUCCAAUCUUUUUAUUUCCUUAACUGAAAGCAUCGCUCUCAGAGAUUCACAGAUAUGAUUCAAUAAAAAAUCUAAUAAGCAGCCUAUGCUCAAAUUUUUUUUUCGCGUUUUCUCAAAUCAGUCAACGAACUGAUGCCUUUAAAAAAGUCGCGAAGGUAAGUUACCGGCAGAAAUUACGGUGACCUCGAGCCGCGAAAAAAAUUGCGCAAAACGCAGAAAAAUCACCAUUCCAGAAAUGUUUAAAAAUAUUAAAUAAAUAGAAAUACUAAAAAAAGGUAAAUAAUAUAUAUAAACAUAACUCCAGAUGCAUGGUAACCGGAUCUUUCUGUCUCUGUCCCAAAUUAUUUUCAUGGAGGAGGUAGUUUGGAACUUCGAAGAAUCCUUCUCCGAUUCGUGACUUGGUCGAAUUAAGUUGGAUUAACCACGAUAAUAUUUUCCGUCGAGUUUCACGCCCCUUAAGCCAUAAUCAUCCAAGCAAAACCACGAGAAACAUUCUAAAAAUAAAGAAAAGAGUCGAAGAUAAUAUUUUUGGCCUAUUGAGUAAAAACUGAUACCACAAGUCCUCUUUGAUUGAAAUAUACACUGUCAAUUUUGACUUCUAACCUUCAUCCCGAGUUUCAAUUAAGAGAGUUUGUUUUUGUUGAUACAGCGGUUGGUCGGUCUCUCUUCAAACAGACCGAUAGAUGACUGAUACGCAAACAUGGCUCAAUUUUUGUCAAAAAGUAUUUUCAUUAAGAAAAGUACCGCUUUCUAAUGGUCAAAGAUACACUCUUUUGUUCUCACGUGAUUAGACUGCCAUUUUACAAUUAGUUGAUAAUUGCACCACUUCACAAUGAUUCUUAGCCGGGAUGAAAGAGGAUUAUAACUGACUGAAAGCUGGACCAAUAUUGCAACUCAAUCAACAACCUUUCAACACUGCAAUUUCGUGUUCUUCACCGGCCUUUGUAAUUCUAAUUAUUAAUCGCGGUGUUCAGAGUUCUCAGUGACCUAAAUAUAUAGAAAGCACGAACUCUUUUGUCUUAGAGACGUCUGGUCAAGACUUGCUGUUUGUAUUUCUUGCCAAACUUCCCUUUUCAUACGAAGACGACUCGAAGAUGUCAACGUUCUUUUUGUUUUCACGCCGAAUUGAAGCCGCUUAUGAUAAUAAUGUUUGUCAGCCCGUUUGUUCACCUGCGUGUCGGGAACUGUUUCAGUCGGAUGGAAAUACAAUAUAGUAUUUUUUUGACCAUCCUUCAGUCAGUUAUUGGCGAGAACGUUUAAAGCACUGCUGCUUUGAAGACGUACGUGUGAGAUCGACGGGCCAUCAACUAAGAGUCAAUAGAGAUGUUCGCGGGAAGACAUUACGAUGAAUUCUAUUUGGUGUGGGAAGGCAGCUGCCGCAACUUCAUCGAAGACAUCAAAUUUACUUCCCUAGACGCAAAGUCGCGAUUAAGCGUUCACGUUUUCCUGCGGAAUGAUACUCCAGUGAAAGCCCUUCCGCCAUCAGAUCCAGACUGGAUCACAACUCAUUUCACGCUCACUACAUCCCCAUACGCAUCUGAUACGGGGCUUAUUGCGUGCCUUCUCGAGAAAUAUGGUGAUCUCGUUGAGGAGUCAGGCGACAACCAAGAUACGUCGCUGAGACGAGUUUUCUUGGUCGCAGAGCGAGAGAGACAGUAUGAGGAACUUAUUGCGAAUUUGAAGUUGUUUAAUGGAAAAUUGGACAUUCAAGAGAUCAAUGGUCUGGAAAUGGAUAUUUUUGAAGUUGUGAAGGAUUCGUGCAGAUUUUGUCGCCUCGUGUUUGCCUGCACAGAAGAGACAGACAAACAUAACUUUGAACAACACAACUUCUUCUGUCAAAACCCGUUGUGCCAUGGCUACCGUCAAAGAUUUCCAUCUGAAGAAGUACUUUUGAAGCACAAGGCUUCACAAACGAAAUGCAUACACUGCCAAGAGUUGUUUUGUUCGGAUGAUUUGAAGAAAGCGCAUAUGAAACAUGAACACAAUAUCAAUCCCCACACUUAUCCACCGAUGGAAGCGAAAGCAGGUUUCUUUACAGAGCAAGAAAAAGGUCCAUCCUUGCCAUUGCGAAUUUCAUGUCAGUUUUGCCCUCGGAAGCAGUUUUUAACGAAGGACCAGUUGGAAAUACAUAUGCGAAACUCGCACAAGAAAUGCAAUUGCUCAUGCGGGAGUUACUUCAAAUCGAGAGAGGAAUAUUUAGAUCACUUCUACAGUGUUUACCCACUUCCUUGUUACGAGAACCGGAAAUGCCCGCACCGCUUUCAAUCGGUUUAUUAUCAAGCAGUCCAUCAUAGAGAUUUCCACAACUCUCUGAAUCCAUUUUAUUGUGUUCCAUGUCAAAAAAGAAAAAUUGAAGAGGGCUUGGCUCUCUCGACUGCGAAGACCUCCUUCAAAGAUGACAGGAGUUUGCGGAUUCAUGGCUGUUCCUUGGGUCACAACGAGACAGAAAUGUUCUUAUUGGAUUUUGAUGAUGCUACACUUAACAUAGGGGGAGAAACAGCCCCUCUGCGACGAUCCCCUACAAGAACAACCUCAAACUUAAAUUAUUGUUAA